CAAAAUACCAUUGUUCUAAUAACUUAACUAUUUCCUUUAAUGGCUGCCCCCAGGACUCGCUAUGCGAGAGGUGACCGGCAUAUGUUCUCGUCUUCUGAUGACAAUGCCAUGAUGAAAAAUAUACUUGCUACACAUUCCCCCGAUGGCAGUUAUUUUGACGUCGUACCACUCCUUCAAAUCAUCGAGGACAUCAUGAAUAGGGCCAAUCCCGAUGCCAGGCAUCAAGGUCAAGCGGAAUUGGAUGCAAUAGUGGAGAGUGUAAUUUAUAAUGAAGUCAAUGCGAUGCUUGAAUUUACGGCACUCACAAUCAACAAGGUUUCUUGUGAGAUUUCUUGCAAAAGUAUUGGAGGUGCAGAUGCACAUGCAACCACCACAGGGAUUUUCAACAUCCUUUCUAACUAUAGUUGGGAUGCAAAAGCUGUAAUCACUCUAGCAGCUUUUGCAGUGAAUUAUGGCGAGUUUUGGUUGGUGGCUCAGCUUUACACUGCAAACCCACUCGCUAAAUCACUAGCCCACCUCAAGCAACUGCCUGACGUGUUGGAGCGCAGUGAAGCUCUCAAACCACGUUUUGAGGCCGUUUCCAACCUCAUCAAGGCCAUGCUUGACCUAACUCACUGCAUUGUAAGAUUUAAAGAGCUCCCGGAGCAGUAUAUUAGCCCUGACACUCCUGAACUAGUAACAGCCACCGCUCAUAUUCCAAUUGCAGUUUAUUGGAUCAUCCGAAGCAUUGUGGCAUGUGCAUCCAUACUCAUUAACCUCAUUGGAAUGGGACAUGAGCAUAUCACAACGACCACCGAAGCUUGGGAGUUAUCAAGUUUGGCUCAUAAGAUCAGCAAUAUCCAGGAUCACCUCAGGCAUCAGUUGGAUCUUUGCAUUCACCACAUUAAUGAGAAAAAGCAGAUUGAAGCAUACCUAACUAUACUUCGUGUCAUGGAUACUCCACAUCUUGAUAACAUGAGGCCUCUCAAGCAUUUGAUCUACUUGAAGGAUGAUCAGCUACCAUUGUACGAAAGUUAUACAAAGAAUCGGGUUAGUAUAGAAAUACUGAAGAAGAAGAUUGUGUUGCUACUCAUUUCCGACCUUGACCUUCCCCCAGAAGAGCUAUCAGUUCUGGACCAGAUGUACAGGGAGGCAAAGCAAGACCCGACAAGGUCUGAGAGCCAGUACGAGGUUGUGUGGCUCCCAGUGGUGCCCAAUCAUAGGACAGCACCAUGGACCGAGGAAAACCAAAUCCAAUUUGAGGCGUUAAGAAACAUGAUGCCAUGGUAUUCAGUGUUUCACCCCUCGUUACUUGAACCUGCAGUGAUCAAGUACAUCAAGGAGGUGUGGCACUUUAACCAAAAACCGUUGCUUGUUGUGAUGGAUCCUCAAGGAAGGAUCGUCAACACCAACGCGCUACACAUGAUGUGGAUUUGGGGGAGCCUGGCUUUCCCAUUUACUAGCCUGAGGGAAGAAGCCCUGUGGAAGGAAGAAACUUGGAGGAUCGAAUUGCUUGCAGAUUCAAUCGAGCCAAUGAUUUUCACUUGGAUUGCUGAAGGAAGGUAUAUUUGUUUGUAUGGAGGGGAAGACAUUGAAUGGAUACGGAAAUUCACGAACACUGCACGAGCGGUUGCACGUACAGCUGGGAUCCCACUCGAGAUGUUGUAUGUUGGGAAAAGCAACCCAAGGGAAAAAGUGCGAAAAAACAACGAUACAAUCCGAGCCGAGAACCUAAGUUACGUGUUAGACUUGACCCUCAUAUGGUUUUUCUGGGUGCGCCUAGAAAGCAUGUUGCACUCGAAGUUGCAACAUGGGAAGUCAUUCGAUGAAGACCCGAUCUUAAGAGAGAUCAAUGUGAUGCUCACAUAUGACGGUAAUGAUCAGGGCUGGGCCGUGAUAUGUCGGGGCUCGAACGACUGGAUGCGAAGGGCUAAUGGCGACACAGUUCUAACAAGUUUGACUAAUUACAAAGAGUGGGAGGAUGAGGCAAAAGAGAGAGGUUUUCUACCUGCUCUAAAUGAACAUCUUGAGGCAAACCGGCCACCACAUCACUGCAACCGUUUAAUAUUACCAGGAACCACUGGGAGUGUGCCCGACAGAGUGGUUUGCGCUGAAUGUGGCCGGUCUAUGGAGAGGUUUUUCUUGUACCGAUGCUGCACUGAUUAACUCAACUUAUAUAACCUUGUAUCUUAAAAUCUUCAAAUACAGAUAAUGUUAUAUAGAUUGUGAAUUUGUGAGUACAGUCAACUUAUUAAUUGUAAUUUAGUCAUCUGCUGCUUAAUUGUAUUUGUGAUUAACUUGCAUUGUAACAACUUAUAGUUGAAUAAAUGAUUGUUGUGAUUUGAAUUA